AUCGUUUUUUUCCCUCCACGACAGAUAAACCUGCCAAAGGAUUUCUCUUGACGGCCACGCCGAUUCGAUAUAUACAUACACAAAUAUUGCGGGUUCAAUAGGCGAAUCGGAUCCCUGGGAGUGGAAGAAAUAUGGGUGAAAUCGAUGAUUUCUCAAAUGGGUUUGGCGAAUUUUCUGGGUUUUCCCCUGAUUUCGGAGAUUCAAAGUCGGGAGCUUUCGGAGAUGCCGUCAAGUGUUUUCUGCUGAGUUUUGUUGCAGAUGGAGCUGAGAAAGCCAUGAAGACCAAGAAAUGCAGGAGAAGGCACGAUUUUCCGUCACUUUCUCGGGAAAAUCUGGGAAAUGCAGGUUUCGGGUCAAGAGCUCGUGGAACAGAGGAAGAAAACUGUUAUCUCACGAAAAGGGUUCCUACAAGAACUUCGAAUCUGGCCAUUGUUGAACCCGAAUUCCAAAACCCAAUUACAGACAGACCCAAUUCAGAGAUUAUCACGCCGAAUCUCCCAGAUUUUCUUGUGAGGAUGACACUAAAGCUGAUAACUUUUCAACUCAACCUCGCUGUAAGCUUCUUCACGUUUCCCAUCUGGGCCUCCUACCUUGCCUUCUCCCUCGCCAUGUUCCCGUUCUACACAGUCUCGCAGAUCAAAAGCUACAUCACACGAAAGUUACAAGAAGCGAUCGAGAAUUUCAUCUUCAGGUUCCAUAGAUCGGUGACAAGGCUUGGAAGAGCGUUGUUCUGGGCAGGUCUCGUGGGUUUGGCGCUUGCGGUGAUGCUGAUUUUAGGGUUUGUGUUUGGUGGUGUGAUGGUUAAGUUCAUGGUUGAGAAGCCAUUGAUGGUGAAGGAAAGUCUUCACUUUGAUUAUACGAUGAGAAGCCCUACGGCCGUCGUGGCAUUGUCGUCUCCGGAGACGGCGACGGCGACGGCGAGGAGAUUGGGGUACAAUCAGAAGGUGAGUGUGGAGGUUUCGUUGACGGUGCCGGAAUCUGAGUAUAACAGGAAGCUUGGUGUUUUCCAGGUGAGGAUAGAAUUCAUAUCGGCAAACGGCAAAGUGAGUGAAAGUGCAAGCUAUCCAUGCAUGCUCUGGUUCAAGAGCAAACCGAUUCGGUUAGUGGAAACCGCCAUAAGAACCGCUCCUCUGCUGGCCGGUUUACAGUCCGAGACACAAACCCUACACGUGAAAGCCGACGGGUUCAAAGAAGGCCUCGAACCAACAACGUCCGUAAAGAUCAGCCUUGACGAGAGAGCCGCCAGCACGGGAGGGGGAAUACCCGAGGUAUACUCGGCUACGAUGUUGAUGGAAUCGGCAUCACCUCGGCUGAGGAAGAUGCUGUGGCUAUGGAGGUUCACUGUGUUCGUCUGGACAAGCUUUGCCGUGUUCUGCACGGAACUGGUUGCGGCUUGGAUCUUCUUGAGACGGGUUGUUGCCCGAAGAAACAAGAAGAUGAUCGUUAUUUCUGGGACAAAGGGUCCGAAGAUCAUCGGUUUGGGAAUAUGAAUAACCAUGAAUCACCAUCACCAUCACCAUCACCAUCAUCAUCAUAACAGAGAUGUAAUAAUGUUAUAAAUGAUGCCAAGAAACAAUGUGUUUCGCAGUGUAACUCCCAACAUUAAAUCAUGCGAACGAACUUAGAUCGAUAAAUAAAUGAAUGAAAACAAGUGAAA